AUGGAUAGAAAUAAUCGAAAGUUGCACAUUCCGGAGCAAACUCAAUCUUUUCAACAUGCAUGCGCACGUAAAUACGUAUCACCUGAACUAACUAUUUAUGUCCUACAGCUCUCUAUUAGGCAGAGCAGGC